AUGUCUAACGUCAUUUCAUCACCUGAAACAUGGUUUACGCCGCCGGAAGGUACUCCUACGACUCCUAGGGAGACUGAAACUCCACAGUCUCUUCGAACUCUUCAAACUCUUUCAACUACACCUCAACGCCUAUCGACUCGACGACUCUCCGGAUGGACAAACACUUUUGUGUGGUUGUUAGGCGGCAUAUGCCGAAUCGAUGCGGUUCUUCUAACCAUGUUCAUUAUCGGAACCCUCAUUGUAUAUCUAAAUGACAAACCUAGGGUUAGUGGAGUCUUAAAUGUCUCAAGGGGUUCUUUGAACAACAUAUACUUCGACGACUUUCGAAACAUCUACGGGAAUGUGAACUUGAUUUUCAAUUUCAGGAAUCCGACCAGGAACCACCCUGCGACAUUGGAGAGCAUCAGGCUCGAACUUAUGUUCAAGGACACGGGAAUCGCCGAACGAGAUCUCUCUACUUAUCGUUAA